AUGGCGGCCGUGGGGACAUCUCAGCUCAUCCGGUGCGCGCGGUGGACCGAGACGGGGGAACAACGAAGCGGAGAUCCACCCAGCCAGUGCCGUCCAUCCAGCGGGCUGCGGGACGAGGGAACUUCAUUCUACUGCCGUCUCUCAUCAGCUCAGAGUCUUCAAGCGACAGCUUCUCCGUCUGAGAGACAUGUGAAACCAGAUGGCAGUAGAGUAUCUAUGGAUAUGUGGUUUGUGGACGAACAGUGGAGUCAUCGCCUGAGUCUUCGCUGGAGUCAUCGCCGGAUUCAGGUAAGGAAAACUUGGCAAAAUCCGACCUCCACUCUAGUCAAGUUUGCUCAAGUGUAAUUCUCCUCUUUGAUAGAAAAUUAGCUUUUAUGGCCUUAAUUGCCAUACUACUAAACAUUUUAAGAAGAACAGUAGAGAACAAAUCCAAGACAAGUUUCAGAAAGGCUACAACAGACCAAACUAUUUGUCAACACUACAAAGUAGCAUACAUCCCCAAAGGCCCCCCCCCCAUACAAACUCAAUGGAAGAACAAAUCAUCGGAACUACAUCGGAGGCACAGAAUAUAUUUUGGGUUGAACCCAUAAACAGUCAACGUAACAGCUAAAUAACAGCUAGGUAGUUUCACUAGGCAGUUUUAUAAUGUUGGACCAUUACCCCUUGCAACCCCCCCCCCCCCCACAAACAAUUUUAAUCACUUGAGCAACUUGUAAUACAGACAUACAAAAACUAACUUUUUCAAAAGUUUUGGA